UGUGCUCCUUCUCUUUCUCUCUCACACACACAUGAAUACACACAUUACUGCCAUGAUUGGAACACACACUCGAGUGCGCCUGUGGGAUUAGACACAGUGUGUGUGUGAGAGUGUGUGAGUGUGUGUUGGAGGAACUUGGUUAAGGAUGAUACACCUCACAUGGCUGCUGCUGCUGCUGAUCUCCGGGAUCCCGCGUGUUACAGCAAGUUAUCCGAUAUGGUGGUCAUUAGCGGUGGGUCAUCAGUACUCAUCUGUAGCGUCCCAGCCAGUUUUGUGCAGCUCCAUCCCGGGUUUAGUCCCGAAGCAGCUGCGGUUCUGCAGGAAUUUUGCCGAGGUGAUGCCCAGCGUGGUGCACGGCCUCAGCAUCGCUAUCCGUGAGUGUCAACAUCAGUUCCGUGGACGUCGAUGGAACUGCACUACUCUCAAUGACACACUCUCCAUCUUUGGUCCUGUUCUAGAUAAAGCCACAAGGGAGGCAGCGUUCGUUCAUGCCAUUGCUUCUGCAGGAAUAGCGUUUGCCGUGACUCGAGGUUGUGCUGAUGGUUCAGCUACAAUCUGUGGCUGUGAUAUGAUACGUAAAGCUCCAUCAGGGGAGGGUUGGAAGUGGGGUGGUUGCAGUGAGGACAUCAACUUUGGGAACAUGGUGUCACGGGAAUUCGCUGAUGCACGUGAGAACCGACCUGAUGCCCGAUCGGCCAUGAACCGCCACAACAACGAGGCAGGCAGGAUGUCCAUCACCGAGCACAUGUACCUGAAGUGUAAAUGUCAUGGCCUGUCAGGAAGCUGCGAGGUGAAGACAUGCUGGUUUUCACAGCCAGACUUUCACAAAAUCGGUGAUUACAUGAAGGACAAAUACGACAGCGCUUCUGAGAUGGUGGUGGAGAAACACAGGGAGUCUCGCGGCUGGGUCGAAACCCUGCGACCCAAAUUUACUUUCUUUAAACCGCCGACGGAGACAGACCUUAUUUACUAUGAGAAUUCGCCCAAUUUCUGUGAGCCCAACAUGGAGACAGGUUCGUUCGGGACGAGGGAUCGAACGUGUAACCUGACGUCGCACGGCAUCGACGGCUGCGAGCUGCUCUGCUGUGGACGAGGACACAACACCAGGACGGAGAGACGCAAAGAGAAGUGUCACUGCGUCUUCCACUGGUGCUGCUACGUCAGCUGUCAGGAGUGUCUGCGUGUCUACGAUGUCCACACAUGCAAAUAACUUCGAUUAGUGAGGACCAAACCUGCUGAAAUGUCCCUGGAAACCACAGUGCCCUGACUUUACUGACUGACAACUGGAUGCAAAAAUGUAAUCUAAUAUCUGAUUGGCUAAGCUCAUCCAAAGCAGAGAUAAUAUAAUAAUCACAUUGUGAAUUGUUAAGGAACCAGUGAAAUUAUGAGGCAAGGUCCUGUACAGAGACACCUUAAUGGAUGUCUGUCAUGUUGCCUAGAAGCCAGGGUUUACUAUUUACACUAUCAAGUUUUAUCACCUUGGUACUUUAUUUUAGUCUUAAACUCCCAGUUUUAACCCAAAGAAACUUGUCACUUGGUAAAAUCAGGACCACCAGGGACCUGAGGAGCACUACCAACCAACUUCCAGAACCUUUUGUGGAAACCCCCCUCUGGAUUAACGCUGUCUUCCAAAAAACUGACCCGUGUCAUCGUUCCGCACAUUACAGAUUAAAGGAAAAGGUCGAACUGAAGGUCGUUGUAGAUUUAGCACUGAAAAGGGGGCGUGUCCUAUUACACAUUACUGAACAGGCAGCUUGUUUCGGAGACAUUAAAAGACCUUACAUGACAAAGGGACCCAUUUGAAAAGGGUCUCACGUUCCCUUCUCAAAGAAACUAGCGCAGCAUUGUGAGGACGAUUCACUAGUUUACCUCUCAGAGGGAUGAGAAAGACUCGAGGUCUUACAUCUCCUUUAUCUGGAGACUUCUGCGAUUAUAGUGGGAAUAAAUAAAAGAGGCUUUGUAGGGGCACGUGGCACCUGCCGAAACACUCGUCCCCUUGGAGACAUGCUAGCUUAUCGUCUUUGCUUACAAUCUUAAGCAUUGAUAGCGCUUUAUUAGCUUUUUGAAUUGCUCCUCCAACAGAAUUGUGUGUUUUUUUUUUUUUAAUAAUAAGUGCUGUAUCGAUCGUGUAUGCCAGCAAAGAGACUUGCUACUAGCACACUAGCACUUGGCUAUUAGCACUCGGUUCGGCUAGUUUACACUUUUAACACUAAACUAGAUAGUAUAUAUACAUAUAGAGAGCUACAUCGAUUAUUUAGAAAGAAAGUAAUUGAGGUUUGUGUAUUGUAUCGUGAGCAUGUAGUGUGACGCGUGAUUACUAGCAGGACUAGCAUGACUUGUUGCUAUCGACAUAGCAAUAGCAUAAUUCCUAACAAUGUAUUGAAUAAGAGAUUAGAACUAGCGUUGUACUGAACUCUGUGGCACUAUGAAAAUCGAGUCUGUGCUGAAAAGUUAUUAUUUUUAGUGACAAAUAUUUUUAUAUAUAUUUUUGAUAGAAAAUGCUUUAUUGUGUGUGUGUGUGUGUGUGUGUGUGUGUGAGAAAGGGAGACAGGUUUUAUAUAAAAGCACUGCUAGCAUAAGCAAUAUCCUCUCUCCAUGUGAUACUUAAUUUGUAGCAGCACUCAGAAAUACACUCUAUGACCAAAAGUUUGUGGACACCUGAACAGAUUGGUAUAUGCUUCUUUUUUUAACAUCUCAUUCCACAUUUAAUUUGCUGUUAUAUUGAGCUCCACUCUUCUGGGAAGAUGUUCCACUAGACUUUGUGGAGAUUCAUUCAGCUACUAGGGUGUUAGUAAAGUCAAGUACUGAUGUAGGUGAGAAGGUGAGGGUUGCAGUUUCCUGAGGUGAAGUCAGCAUUCACAUUCAUCUAAAUAGGGGUUGGAUCUCUAGAGCAGGAGAUCUUCCACAUCUUUCACCUCAUGGAAAGCAGAUCUUCAUGGAGCUGGCUUUGUGCUUAGGAACAU